CCCCCCCGGCCGGAACUAGCCGUUGGAGCCAGCCGGGGCUCAGCCAGCACGCAACGGUCACUCGCAUACCCACCCAGUCGCCUUUAAAUCCAGCGUCCCACCGCCGCCGCCUCCCCCACCCCCUCUCUUCCAAUCUCUCCCUGCGCCUCCACCGACUCGAUCGCCGCCGACGAGCAAGGGGGAGAGCGGAAACACACCAGCCCGAUCGACAGCCAUGGCCCGCGGAGAGAACCAGGAGUCGCAGACCGGCAACGUCCCCGCGGCUUCCGCGGCGGCGUCGGCCGCGGGGCCGAAGCCGCCGGCGGCGGGGGCCGGGAAGGGCGCGGAGGGCCAGUCGGUGGUGCGGCGGCUGCAGUCGGAGCUGAUGGCGCUGAUGAUGGGCGGCGACCCGGGCGUGUCGGCGUUCCCGGAGGGGGACAACAUCUUCAACUGGGUGGGCACCAUCGCCGGGUCCGCGGGCACCGCCUACGAGGGCACCUCCUACCGCCUCGCGCUCGCCUUCACCGCCGAGUACCCCUACAAACCGCCCAAGGUGCGGUUCGACACGCCGUGCUUCCACCCCAACGUCGACGCGCACGGCAACAUCUGCCUCGACAUCCUCCAGGACAAGUGGUCCUCGGCCUACGACGUCCGCACCAUCCUGCUCUCCAUCCAGAGCCUCCUCGGAGAGCCGAACAACGACUCGCCGCUCAACACGCAGGCGGCGACGCUCUGGGCGAACCAGGAAGAGUUCAGGAAGAUGGUGGAGAAGCUCUAUAAGCCCGCCGCAUAGAGGGAGGAGGGAGGUGCUGACGCCGCCGCAGCUUCGGGGGCCUUGGAGAAGCUCUGCAAGCAGUGAUCUCGCUUGGAUGAUAAGGGAUUAGGUGCAUUCUUUGGUCGGGUUCGGUUUCCGGUCUGGUGGUGUCGCAGGGGACGAUGUGAGUCGCCUCGAACCUGGCGAGUCUGUAAUUGUGUUCUCAGUUCUGGAUGUUCAGUGGCAGUGAUUCGUUCUCUUGUUGUUUCAAUCUGAGAUAGGAAUGACACCUUGAUUUGAGGCCGACCAA